UGACCACAACUAAACUUCUGCUGAGCUGUUUUUCUGCUUCAAGUUUUUCCCCCUGAAAUUCAUACCUCAGAGGUGAUAACCUGUCUCCACUCAAGAGUAUGGAGGGACAGAGGUGACACCGUGCUGAAGAGAAGGAAGGUCACAGGACAAGGCCGCAUGUCCUCUUUGCCACAUCCAGGAAGGAGACCUGCAUGGUGGUGCUUGUGUGCAAACUUCCUGCAGCUGUUCCAUUGCUCCUGGGGACCACAAGGCCCCAGGCAGAAGCUUACCCAUAUGCUUCCAAUGCCAAAGUUCACUUGCAGCAAAGAGCUGUGGAGACCAGAGCCCCCAGUCCCUACCACAGUGCCCACGUCACAUGAAGCAGGUACAGCUGCUCUUCUGUGAGGACCACAAGGAGCCCAUAUGCCUCAUCUGCAGGCUGAGUCAGGAGCAUCAAGGCCAUCGAGUACGUCCCAUAGAGGAGGCUGCACUGGAAUAUAAGGAGCAAAUCCAGAAGCAGCUGGAGCGCCUGAGGGAGCUGAGGGUGUGUGUGGAGGAACACAGUCUGCAGGGGGAUAAGAAGACAGAGAACUUCCUGAAAGAAACAGAAACCCAGCAGCAGAGGGUUUCGUGUCAGCUUGAGAAGCUGUACCAAUUCCUGGAGCAGCAAGAGAAACUCUUUGUGACCUGGCUACAGGAGCUAGGCCAGACUAUUGGCAAGAUCCGAGAGACAUAUGACACCAGGGUUUCCCGUGACAUUGCCCUCCUGGAUGAACUGAUUGGAGAACUGGAGGCCAAGCAAGACCAGCCAGAAUGGAAGCUCAUGCAGGACAUUGGAGUCACGUUGCACAGGGCCAAGAUGGUGACUGUCUCUGAGCCAUCGGCCACUCCUCCAGAUGUCAAAGAGAAGAUCCACCUGCUCUAUCAGAAAUCAAAGUUUGUGGAGAAGAGUAUGCAGUACUUCUCAGAAACCCUGCGCUCUGAAAUGAAAACAUUCAGUGCUGUGGAUGUAGCAAAAUGGGGAGAGUGCUGGCCUAGCAUACCACAGGCCCAGGGUUUGAUUCCCAACACUUACCAAAAAUGGGAUGGUGGAAACACACUGGACUAUGAUAUAGUACUUUAUCCAGAAGUGGAAGCUGGAGGAGCAGAGCCUCAGGAAGCUCAAGGCACACCUGAGCUACAUGAGACCCUUUCUCAGAACAACAAACGAAAAUUUAGAUCUUUCCUGAAAUGGAAAUCUUCAUUUUUCCAGAACUGACUGAUGCUCAGGAAUGUGCUGUUUCUGGGAUUCUGAUCCAGCAACUACUCAGCCCAGCCUCAACUUCUCUGACAUGAAGAGUGUGAGAUUUGGAAAAAGUCAUACCUGCUGCCUGAUAGUCCCCAAAGAUCCUAAAGUCACAUCAUCACUCUGGAUACUCCUAGCUUUGACCCCAGUUGCCAUCACUGGGAGGUAGAGUUUGGAGACAAGACAAUGCAGGUGCUGGGAGCACGCAAAGCACUGCCAAGCAGAAAGGGAAAUAUAACUAUUGGGUGGCAAUGAUGACAAAGCAACAGGAAUCCACUUUUCUCCAAACUGUGAAGAUAGCACACACGGCAAUGACACGCAGCGGCGUUCAGAAGAGGAAGUGCAUGGCUACUGCAUUAUCCUGCAUGAAUCAGUGCUCUCAGAUGUUCUUCAAACAGAAGAUUCCACUUCAAUUUCCCUCUCAGGGUGAGAAUAUGUCCUGUCUGCCCUGGUCUUGAGGACACAUAAAACCUAUAGAAAAUAAAUAUUCACAGACUGCAAGAUGGGCACACUCUUUGUUCUCACUCAUUUUUUUCUUUUUGGUUUUUCGAGACAGGGUUUCUCUGUACUCUGGAACUCACUUUGUAGACCAGGCUGACCUCAAACUCAGGAAGAUCCACCUGCCUCUGUUGGGAUUAAAGGUGUGCACCACCACUGCCCAGAUUAGUUCUCAUGCUUAAAGCAGCGCCUCUCUGGGUUUUGAAGGUAUAACCAUAUUAUCUCUCCAUAUGAUAUACUGUACCUCCAAUGCUCUCCUUCUACCUGGAGGCACAAUCUCGGCCUUGAGACCCUUAUAUUCUAAUAAAUCUCAUACCUGGAGGGCAUUAUGUAUCAGCUUCCUUUCAGGCAGACCGCUGCUAUUCUUAGCAUUAUAAAACAGUUUUGUAACUUGCCUUUUAAUUUAUUCUAUUUAUUGGUUUAUUAUUGGUUGUAUUACAUUAACAUAUAAUGAUUUACCCAUAGCUACUUUUGUAUCUGUGCAUGAAUCCCCCAGUCUCUGCCUUCCCAGCAUUGUGAUUAUGUCUGCCUUUUUUUUAACACCACUACCACACAUACACACACACACACACACACACACACACACACACACACAUGUUUUCUACUGUUCACUCAUUUAAGCUUUGUAUAGUAAACUUUUAAGUAUAAGCAGAUACCUUUCAAAAAUUUCUGUUGCCUGUUUUCAUACUCGUUAUUUUAAGCCAUGGUUAACUGAGUCGGCUAUUACUAGUGUUGACAUGCUUACAAAGAAAAAAAUUCAACAUCAUACUGGAGGCUGUCAUUUCACUCAUGUAGGCAUGGGGUGUGACAGUCAGCGCUACCUGACGGCGCUGUGGUUUUGCCUGCGGAGAACUGACCUGACCUGCUGUAUCUUAGUCAUCGGAGUGCUCAGACUUGAGUAAUGAUUUACACAGGUCCCCUGUGAUGACUAAAGAGACUUAAUAUGGAGCCAGGCAUCCCUUAAGGGCCCUUGACCUUUUCCUCUGGGAUGCCUGGGAGAUCCUAGUGGCCUGCAGGUGAGAUAAGAAGAGGAUAAUGGACUGUGAAGUAUUAACAGCUGCCUUUGCUUCUGUAAAUCCUGCUGAUCGCUAUGGGAAAGAGACAGAAUAGGUUCUUUAUUACUAUAAAGUGGGAAAGAAACAACUGAGGAAAGUAAUUUUCCUGCCCAGCUAUGGGUUCCAUGGAUGGUUGUUAUGCAUACCUUUAUGAUGUCUCCUUAAAACCCCGCCUUAAUCCCCCUUCCACAUGUAAUGCUCUAAGGUCCUCGACCUUCUGCUAGCGGUAAGAAUAAAUUUAUUUAAUCUAAAUUUGAAUUGA